AUUAAUUUAUUAUCACUUUUGACUGCUCACAGAACCACACUUGAUACUUAGUCCAUCUCUCUCUCUCUCUCUGCCUCUCGCUUUCAUUCUCUGCCGGCUUUCUUCUUCCCGAAGUUCAUUCCUUUCUCGAAUUUCAAUCAAGACCCAAGUCAAGGGGGGAUCGGUGCUUCUCGUCUCCUUGCUCUAAUCUCAACUGGGUCGGUCUCGGAAUCGCUUGAUUUGCUUUUCCCCUGCCUCCAAUUUCUCAGGGAAAACGUAUGAACUGAUUGUUUGGGCAUCCGGGAAAUGGGGGCUUCAAACUCUAAAGUAGAAGAAGAUAAAGCUCUACAGCUUUGUCGCGCAAGAAAGAAAUUCGUCAGGCAAGCACUUGAUGGUAGAUGCUCACUUGCUGCUGCUCAUAUUGCAUACAUUCAGUCCCUAAAAACUACAGGAAUUGCAUUAAGAAGAUUCGUUGAACCAGAUCUUCUUCCAACUGAAUCAUCACUCUACACCUCGACGAGUGCAACGCCGGAGCCACAUGUUGUAACCGAGAAGUCCUACUCACACUUCUCCCUCUCUUCACCAUCUCUAUCACAUCCUGGGGAUGGAACAAAUGAAAACCUCUCUAGAUCCCCCACUCCCCCUAGCUCUCGUAGGUUUCAGGUUCACCAUAUGAAGUUCAAAGGUUUUCCUUCUAGAAAGGUGGAAGAGAAGCCUCCUGUUGCCGUCACAGCCACAGUGACCUCUUCAAGCACCCCACUGGAUGCAACACCACCACGGUCCGCUGAAAAGCCAGACGCAUCACCGCCCUUCGAACCUCCCCCAUCUGUUACGCCUGGAACUCCGCAAUGGGAUUACUUUCAGCUUUUUCAUCCAAUCGACAAUGAGUUCUCUUCCCAAGAUGGGAAGGAAAAUGGAAAUAGCCAUGGCUUUGAGCGUGGUGAUGACAUGGCACGGCUUAGGGAGGAGGAGGGGAUUCCUGAGCUGGAAGAUGAGGAAGAAAAUAAGGCUUCGUUUCGUGAGAGUGAUGAUGGAUAUGAUGACUCUGAAGAUGGAUUUGAUGAUGACCCUCCUCCCACCGAGAGACUUGUGCGGAGUUAUCAGAACGUCAACAGGAUGCAUGAUCAUGUCAGUGCUUCGCCUACCGUGCCUUCUGCAGGAAGUGUAGCUUCCGAAGGAGAGCUGUUGAAUGGGGAGAAGAGUAACUCGCCUUAUUUAUCCCCGCUAAGAACUCCCUCCUCAGCUGUUGCUGUUUCAGCUGAGAAAAAGAAAACACCUGUGAAAGAAGAUCAGAAUGAAAACAAGGUUGCUCCUAAAGACUUCUUUUCGAGCAUGAGGGAUAUUGAGUAUCUGUUUAUAAAGGCUUCUGAGUCUGGGAAAGAAGUUCCAAGGAUGCUCGAAGCAAAUAAAUUUCACUUCCGUCCCAUAGCUGCAACAAAAGAUAAUGGGUCAGUGGCUUCCACUUUUCUGAAGUCAUGUUUAUCUUGUGGGGAUGAUCCUACCCAUGUGCCAGAAGAACCCGUUCAAGAUGCUGUAAAGUACUUGACUUGGCAUAGGACAACUUCAUCACGAUCAUCAUCAUCUAGAAAUCCUCUCGGAGUGAAUUCUAAAGAUGAUGGAGAGGAUCUUGCUGGUAAUCUCUUCGAAAAUUUCUGUAUGAUCUCUGGCAGUCAUGCUUCAACGUUGGAUAGACUGCACGCUUGGGAGAGAAAACUUUAUGAUGAAGUAAAGGCCAGCGAAAUGGUGAGGAGGGAAUAUGACGCUAAAUGCAGGUUCUUAAGACAGCUGGAAUCAAAAAAUGAAAGUUCGUAUAGAAUCGAUAAAACCCGUGCCAAUGUUAAGGAUCUACAUUCGAGAAUCAUAGUAGCUAUUCAAAGAAUCGAUUCCAUUUCAAAGAGGAUUGAGGAAUUACGUGACAAAGAGCUUCAACCACAACUCGAGGAGUUGAUUCAGGGGCUAAGUCGAAUGUGGGAAGUGAUGUUCGAAUGCCACAAACUGCAGUACACAAUCAUCACCAUAGCAAACACGAACGCCAAAAUCUCCCUGCAGUCCGAGUCUCGCCGCCAGAUCACUCUCCACCUAGAAACCGAGCUCAGCUCACUGUCAUCGACAUUCACAAAGUGGACGAAUACCCAAAAAUCCUACCUCAAGUCCAUCAAUGACUGGUUAUUCACAUGCGUGGUGCUUCCAGAGAAAAACUCCCGGCGUAAUAAGCGAGCCCCAAACCCUUCCUCCACAUUGAGACACUUUGGCGCCCCAAUCUACGCCACAUGUGGGGUAUGGCUUGACAAGCUCGAGUCUUUACCAGCCAGAGAAGUAGCGGACUCGAUAAAAGGUCUGACCACCGAGACAAGCCGGUUCAUACCUCACCAUGAGAGGAAGCAAGGGAAGAAGAUGACCACAAGAACCAAUUUACCACCAUCGUGGAAGGGCGACAACGACAACAGGAGUGAUGAUGUGGCAGCAGAUGAGGAUGGCGGUCCUCGUGGUUCUGAGCGAUUCAGGUCGAGCUUGGAGGGGUUCAUCGGCCAGCUCAGCAAGUUUGCAGAAUUGUCGGCGAACAUGUAUAAAGAGGUCGAAAAGGCGAUCCAGAAUGCAAAGCAUCAGUUCGAGGUGAACUCGCAAAUGCAGACUCAAACUGGGUAGUCUCCUGGCUGGGUGAGGAUUCAGAAAGGUACAGAAGUUUGUGAGUUGGAUGUGGGAUCUUGUUGUACAUGGUGAAAAAGGCGAUAAUAAAAAGGGUACAUGGAGGCAGAGAGAGAAUAGUAGUGGUAGUGAAUUUGAGAGGGGGAGAAUAAUACUGAUGGACAAGGUGAAGAUGAACACAAUUUUGGAUAUCAAAGGGAGGGAAAGGGGGAUUUUUUGAUGGGUUUGUGAAGUGAUUCCAUUAAUUGGCU